GUACCUCUACCCUCCGUCUCCUGCCACGCUGAUUGAUUCCAAGCAUUUUUGAGUUGGAAUUAGAUUUCACCAUCGAGGCCGGGUGAUCACUCGACCCUUGGAUCCGCCGGGAAAUCGAGAAAACAAUCGGAUCUUCGUUCCUCCGGCAGGUACGGAGUAUAUGCAGCGUGAAGGGAACUGAAGCAAGAACGCAGAGCCUGCUACUUUCGAUCCAACGUCGGUGAUCCGAGGUGAAGGUCGUUGUUCCAAUAGGUAGAAGUUUGUUCCAGCCACCGUCUACGAAGACAACGCAGAUCUGCCGUCGGAGAGGUAGCUUAUCUUGUUGAUCCAGCCAGGUCGAAGUUCGAUUUUCCCAGGGAGAAUAUUUUUUUGAGACUCUGAGCACGAAGGGAUAUAAGAUUUCGCGGCUAUCUGUGGCUUGAUUGAGUUAAUCUUAACGGAUGGUGCCUGUAUGGCUCCUGCAAUCUAAUCAGUUCUCGACAUCUAAGGCAAUGGCAUCAAGGUAUUGGGCGAUUUCUCUUCCUGUUCAGAUGUCUUCUUCAUCUCUAUGGAACCGUUUGCAAGAAGCAAUCUCCAAGCACUCUUUUGAUACUCCACUAUACAGGUUUAAUAUACCUAAUCUGCGUGUUGGAACUCUAGAUUCUCUUCUAUCACUCAGUGAUGAUCUUUUAAAGUCUAAUAGCUUUGUUGAAGGAGUGUCUCAGAAGAUAAGGCGCCAGAUUGAGGAAUUGGAGAGGAUUACUGGAACAGAAAGCGGUGCUUUAUCGGUUGAUGGAGUUCCUGUUGAUUCUUACCUAACAAGAUUUGUGUGGGAUGAAGCAAAGUACCCCACAAUGUCUUCUCUCAGGGAAAUUGUGGAUGGCAUCCAUCAUCAAGUGGCCAAAAUUGAGGAUGACCUCAAGGUUCGGGUUGCUGAGUAUAAUAAUGUGCGCAGUCAGCUUAACGCAAUAAAUAGGAAGCAGAGUGGGAGUUUGGCUGUCCGUGAUCUUUCCAAUUUGGUGAAGCCUGAAGACGUUAUUACAUCAGAGAAUUUGGUGACACUUCUUGCAGUUGUUUCCAAGUUUUCUCAGAAGGACUGGUUGUCAAGCUAUGAAACGCUUGCUAACUAUGUGGUUCCCAGGUCUUCCAAGAAGUUGCAUGAGGACAAUGAAUAUGCCCUUUACACUGUAACCCUAUUUAGACGGGUUGCAGAUAAUUUCAAAACAAGUGCAAGAGAAAAAGGAUUUCAGAUUCGAGAUUUUGAAUAUAGCCCAGAGGCACAAGAAGGUCGAAAGAAAGAGUUGGAAAAAUUGAUGCAAGAUCAGGAAACAAUGAGAUCCUCUCUUCUGCAGUGGUGUUAUACUAGUUAUGGAGAGGUUUUCAGCUCUUGGAUGCACUUCUGUGCUGUACGUGUUUUCACAGAGAGCAUUCUGCGAUAUGGCUUGCCACCAUCUUUCUUGGCAGCAGUGUUAGCUCCAUCAGUGAAAAGUGAGAAGAAAGUACGCUCUAUAAUUGAAGGGUUGUGUGACAGCACAAACAGCACCUACUGGAAAUCUGAUGACGAUUCCACUGGGAUGGCUGGUUUGGGUGGCGAUUCUGACACUCAUCCAUACGUCUCCUUUACAAUCAAUCUCAUUUGAUCUGGUUGGUGUCUAAUCACCUACUCUUUUGGAUUCCUAAGAAUAUAAUUUUAUUUUGCUAUAAUAUUGGAUGGGGAUAUUUAUAAUGUAUAUUAGCAUAGAUCAAUUCUAUUCCUUGGAAAUUCAAAGAUGUGUUGAAGGGGGUGAACAUUUUUGUCUCUUGAGAAUUUCGCACUUUUCCAUAUUCUAUUUUGAAAACCUUGAGGUUCAAGUGUCAAUCAUCACUAAUUUUUUAAAUAAUUUAGAAAAUUCUAAUUGACAUGUA